CUACCACUCAAACCACAACUACCAUUCCUUCCUUCUCCUAACUCAAUGUCACAAAUUCAAUGAUAUUCCUAUAACUACAUAGAGCACCGUACCUUACCUACUUAUAUAAUUAAGUAGCAGUGCAAAAUACCCCAACCAACAAACCCAUCCCUUUGCCCAGAUUUGACGCCUUCUCUUGCGAGGACUUCUUCAUUUCUUCCCAAAUUGGAUACUUGUUCUCAGUACAAAUCCCAACUUAAUUGUUGAAGGAUUCAACAGCGUCAUGAGUGACAUUGAUCGUUCCUCGUCAGAGGACAAUAUUUCAGUGAGCUCUCAAGAAGAGACCAAUGCAGACAGCAAGAUGGAUUUUUCAGAGGAUGAAGAGGAUCUUAUAACCAGGCUGUACAAUCUACUUGGCCAGAGGUGGGCUUUGAUAGCUGGGCGAAUUCCAGGUAGAAGUGCUGAGGAGAUAAAGAAAUAUUGUAGCAGACGAUAUGCCAGUGACUGAAAUGCUGUGAUCAUAGCUAAAGAGAGGAUAGAAGCAACUUGUCCUGUGUCUGAUUCAGUUUUCUGGUCUGAUAUGUAUUAGUUAUUUAUGAGGCAUCUGGUUCAUGUGUGUGUGAGAGAGAAAGUACCAAACAGAGGCUUGAAUUGUAUGAUCAAUUUUACACCCAGAUUUCCCUUGGUGGAGAGAUGAGAUUUUUUUCUCGCUUUAGCGCAGGAGGCCUUAAAUUGUACAAUAUCUUUUUUUUUAACUUAAUGCCUGUUGCUGUUUUACAAAUAGUAGUACAAAUUUUGAUCUUAGCUAUUAAGUAUUGUUGACCAGUAAUUAUGUAACGGCAAAGCUCUCAAUUUUUCAAGGAUAGUUUGGCCUGGUUUGGCUGGUAUAUUGAUUGCAGUAGCCAGGUCAUAUUUUUCUUGUUCAAGUUAUUUAUUGCUUAUUAAUGAAAGGUUUUUUUGUCUCAA